AGAAACGCAGCAGCAGCAGAAGGUUAAAUCUCACACACACACACACACACACACACCAACCGUGCAGGAGACAGACAGACACACAGAGAAACGACGUGUUUCCACAGGUUCUGACCAGGAAUGGUGGAUUGCUUGUUGGUGGAUGAAGUAACAUUCCUGCCACACGGUUCCUCUUUGCCAGGUCACCACCUGCCGGACAUGGUGAGGGACGAGCGAGUCUACCAGGUGCUUCGUUCUCCGUUUUCAGAGGACGAGCUAAGUGACUCUUCCAGCUCACGUUCCUGUUCCAGCCCUGAGUCUCAGGCCCUGAGUUGCAGGUGCUGCAGCAGCACAAGCAGCACAAGCAGCGAGAGUCAAGAUGGCGUCCUGGACUUCCUCCUCUCUCAGAACCAAACGUCUUCCAGCCUGGUGCUAACUCCUGCCAUGGUUCCUCCCGUCCUCCCCAUGGGUCUGGCCUGGGAGUCUCGCAGGGAUCGGACCACCAAAGAGGAAUGCUUCGAGUUUCCUGCAUUUCCUGGAGACCUGGAGGAAAAUGCAGGACUUUUCUUUCAACCCACACUGGAGGAGAUUGAGGAGUUUCUGGAGGAGAACAUGGAAGUUGUCGCUUUAAAUGAGAAAGCUGAAACAACACAAGACACCCCAGAAAUGAAGACACAAGACCAAACAGUGCCUGUUUCCAGUGUGACAGAGAUGGCUGAGCUCAAGCCUAAGAAUGUCCAGUCUUCUACGGCCUCUCAGACUGUUGUGAAGAAGGAACCGCUCUCUGGGAAGGCAGUGGAGUUGGAGAGCUCAGUGUUCCUGCAGAUCCAUCCCGUUCCCAUUAAACAGGAACCAAAUCCGAAUCCAUCAAAGACAUCUCAGCCGCCGACGCCCACCGCGGACAUCAAAAUCGCUCAGCUGCUGGUCAACAUCCAGGGGCAGACAUUUGCUUUGGUUCCUCAGGUGGUUCCGCCAGCUAACCUCGGUAGCACUUCCUCCAAAUUUGUCCGCAUCGCUCCUGUCCCCAUCGCGGCCAAACCUUCAGGACUCGCGGAGGACACGGCUGGUGGGACACAGGGAGCAGGACUCCUCAUCGGAAGUCAGAAAUUCCAGAAGAGCUCCGUAGCUGAUCUGAUCAAAAUGCACAAGUGCUCUUUUCCAGGCUGUGCCAAGAUGUACACCAAGAGCAGCCACCUAAAGGCUCACCUGAGGAGACACACGGGUGAGAAACCAUUUGCCUGCACGUGGCCAGGAUGCGCCUGGAGGUUCUCGAGGUCAGACGAGUUGUCCCGUCACAGACGCUCACACUCCGGAGUGAAACCGUAUCAGUGCCACGUCUGUGAGAAGAAAUUCGCCCGGAGCGAUCACCUGUCCAAACACGUCAAAGUCCACCGCUUUCCCCGAAACAGCAGGACGACGCGCUCUACACACUGACCUCACAUAACCCUGUCUCUCUCUCACACACACACACACACACACACACAGAUGAGGAGGCGCUCUCCGUGGUGGUGCUGGGAUAUUUAUUGGUGAUGAACUGCAGCGUGUCACGUGACACAUCGUGAUCGUCUCCUGUACAGAAGAUAUUUCUUCAUGUUAUUUUAACAGUUUAUCAGUUUUAUUUUGAAGAGGAGCUCGAACGCAGCAGCACUCACGAUCGUUAUAACGCAUAAGAACUUUCCCAUGAUGCAGUUCUGCAGAACAAACGUUCAUCUCAGCUACUGAUCGUAAUCAGGACUGUCGUUAUGGUAUGAGCUACGUGCAGCGAACCGCUGUGGAAGUGGGCGGAGCUUCUGAGGACAGGUGUGACUGAGACGCGGGGAUCGGAACGAUUGUUAUAAUUUAAUCAAAAACUUAACCAAACCACACUUACACAAACAAGCUGUGUGUGUGUGUGUGUGUGUGUGUGUGUGUGUAAAAUAUUAUACAGAAGAUGAAACAGUUUUGAUGCAGCAACUCAAAUGAGGUCAGGGGUGCCAAAACUUUAAUCUUUACUGACCAUACAGCACAAGUUUAACAUCUGUUAAUCUUAAAAUAAACACAAGGAUACAGCACACACACACACACACACACACACACACUUUUCUGACUGAUUCCCUUCAUGUUAUACAGCCGCUGUCUCACAGCCUGUAAAUAAUAAUAUUAUAAUAAAAUAUCAGAAAUAAAUUUGAAUGAACUUAUAAACAUAUGAGAUCCUAAAGGUCUGGAGACACGACGCUGCUGGAUUCACUUUAUUAUAAUCAGGACAACACUGACCAAUCCGUGAGCUCGCCGUUAGCUCCGCCCACAACUCGGUUGCGCUGUGGGAUUGUGGGUAAUUAAUCCAGACGGGCUGUCUGGUGUACAACGCUGUUUAAAAACUGUGACUAAGUUUGAAACGGUUUGUGAGGAAACGAGUUAUUAAUGAGUUGUGAUGAGAGGACAGGGUGUGUGUAACCCUGUAACCCGUCUCACACACACACACACACACACACACACAUCACAGCUAAUGUGUGAAGCAGCUCACCGUCUCCUCAGUAUUAAUGUUUCUUUUCAGUAAAUUCUUCAUUUUAUGUUUAAAUCGUACAUUUUCUAGAUUUUUGUUCAUGUCUUUGUUUUUGUGAAAAUGUGGCCGAGCCUUCAUCACGGGUUCUUCCUCCUCAUCAGGGCCAAUGCCUUAAUCAUACACUCUGAUCUGUGAAUGUGUGUGUGUGUGUGUGUGUGAGAGAGAUGUUUCAGUCACAGGGUUCUGGUUCUGGUUCUACAGAGCCGUGUGCCGUUGCAAGCGAGGCCUCAGACGCACCUGCACGGUUCAGAGAGGACGCUCUCAGUGGGAACCCGGGCCGCGGUCACAGCUGGACUAACCAUACGAUCCGGCACCCUGAGGGUCCGGUACUCGCCUGCUGUGAGACACGCUGCUAACGGAGAACUUCACUGAACUGUUCUCGAGCAUCUCUGUGCCAAAGUUAAACCCAGGACUCUAUAGAACACUUACAACAGCUGGUUUAUCUCGUGAAAGCGCAGACACACAGCUCAGGAACUUCUCUCACUGCAGACGGUACCAGAACCUCAAGUGUGUUCCAGCUCAGGUCCGGGUGUAGGCUUUAGGACUACGUUAGGUUCAUUGUGUAAACCGUACAGUGACACGACGACUCACUGAAAAAUCUUUCUCAAAAUGCUUGAAAAUGAGCUCGGUACCUGAGUACCCUUAGGUCCGGUCCGGACCACUUUUUGGUUCUCUACAUCAAGUCAGCACAGGGAGCCAAAACUUUUACAUUCCCCCUGACGGAUGUGAAACAUUUCUGAAGCGAUGAUGAUUUUAUUUUAUCUCAGUAAUAAAUGUAUGUACAUUAACACACACACACACACACACACAGAACCGAGCUUUAUCAGAAACACACUCAGCUCUGAUAGUGUACAUGUUCACAAUAAUAAUGUAAACAGUGUAAAUAAUAGCAAGUAAUAAUGUAUAUUAUAUAUAAAUAAAUAUAUAUUUUCUUCUUGUGUAUAUUUACAAA